UUGGCUCGCCUGGCCGAAACAGAGCUGAUGCAGGACAACGUAAAAACCUCGAGCGUUUCUGUCUCUGUCGUCUUCACAAGAUGCCGGUGCAGUACAUCAUCGGCGAGUGGGACUUCUGCGACGUGACGCUGAAGCUGCGGCCGCCCGUCUUCAUCCCGCGGCCGGAGACGGAGCAGCUGGCCCAGCUGGCGGCCGAGCGGCUGCGGCAGCGCGGGGGCGACCGUCUGCUCGAGGUCGGCUGCGGCUCCGGCGCGCUCUCCGUCGCCCUGCUUCACUGGUUGCCAGACGUGUCAGCGGUGGCAGUAGACCAGUCGGCCGAUGCGUGCCGCCUGACGGAGGAGAACGCGGCUCGGUUGGGCGUCGAGGACCGGCUGCGGGUGUAUAACGCCACGCUGACCGAGGACGGCCUGCCUGGCGAGCACCGCCAGCUGUACGACCUGGUCGUCAGCAACCCGCCCUACCUGACGACCGCGGAGCUGCGCCGGCUGCAGCCCGAGAUACUACUGUACGAGGACCGGGCGGCGCUGGAUGGCGGGCCGGACGGGCUGCGCGUGACACGCCGC